GCAUAUUGUUGCACCGCAGUUGCACCGUGUGGACAGAAUAGAGCACGUGCGCCGUGUUGAAAGUUUCUUUCAACUUUGCGCAUUUUAUUCCCGCUCACUAAAGACGCAUCGUGUGGACGCGCCUUUACACCGUGGUGUACGGGAGGUGUUGGGGAGCUGUGCAGAGGUGUGUCUUCCUCUGCCCAAGACCGAUUCGUUCAGUUUCUGGACUGACUCCAGAGCGGUCUUGGCGGUCUUCUUGAGCGGAUUCGUCAAUGACCGAUUCAUCAGAUGUUUCUUAUUUACGCCACGGCACGGUGUUCUGGUGUAUUGUUCUUGCACAGUGUAGUUCCUUGCGUAUUUCCUCUGUAUUUGUGAAUUUAAGUCGAAGAGGAAAUUUGAAAGAUUAAAUUAAAUUGUAGUCUGUACUAUAUAGUUCGUGUUUCUUUGGUGGUUACUGUUGUAACUUUCUGUGAGAGAUAGUAGAAGUAAAUUUCUACAAGAUAAUUAGCUUGUUUCAAUGGCAGCGACUGUCAAUGUGUCUGUUGAGUUCUGUGGUGGUUGCGGGUACCGUCCCAAAUUUGAAGAAUUAGCUGACCAAAUAAAAUCAAAAGUACCUUCAGCAUCUGUUAAGGGAGAAGAAGGUCGAACAGGUAGUUCCUUUGAAGUGAAAGUAAAUGAAAAACUUGUGUAUUCAAAACUCAUGACAAUGGCAUUUCCUGACUUUGAAAAUGUAGUUGAUAUAGUUGGUGAUGCUGCUGAUGGCAAGGAAAUUAGGGAAGUUUCAAAACAACAACCAAUAACCAACUGCAUCAUUGUUUGAUGAGAUGAUGAUCUGAAAAAACAAACUUUAAUUGUGAGAUUUUGUAGGUUCCGUUUUGCUAAAUGUAUAUAUCAAAAUCUGCAGUAUGGUAAGGGUCUAUUAAAUUCAUCCAAUUAUGAUAUAGAUAUUUGAAUAUUGUUUUGCAAUGGAACUAGUCAAUUGUAUGAAUUUUAUGGAAAGGUAUUUUGUUGCUAUUGUGUAGUUUUGUAUAAUGUAGUUUUAUUUGUAAAAGUUGAUUCUCUAAAAAAACGUUAUGUACAUUGUAUAAAUCUUGUUAAUUAUUUAUUUCAUUAUAUAAUAAUAAUAAUAAUAAUAAUAUGACUGGAAAAUGUUAAUUUUAAAAUUUCCCCAUUCUGUUUGAAUUGCUUUGUGUGUUAUGGAAGUCACUCAGGAGUCUAGUAUUAUUUUGAAAAGAAGGUGAGAGGGAAAUCUUACUUUUUCUUAUCCUCAAGAAUUCACUAUUUACCAGCAUUUUGUUUCACAUCUUAUCUUAGCAUAUUUGGAAUUAUUGGUUUGAUUUUGAGAGUGAGCUGUAUAUGUAUUUGCAUUGUAAUGGUAAGCCAGCCUUGUCCUAUUAAAAGAAUGUUCCUUACAACUGAUUGUGCGUAGGACUAAUAAGGUAUCACAUCUCAAAUAAGGUGGACCGAAUGUAAUAGGAAUAUUUCUGGUAUUCAGUAAUGUGUGUUAGGCAAUAAAAUAACAUUCAUUUGGCUCUUUUUCUUUAAUUCUGCAUGAUAUUUAUGAGGAAGAUCUAUUAUAACUUAAGAACUUACAAUUCUUGUAUAAUAAUGAUCCACUUGAGAAAGAAAUGGUGACAUUACAAAAAAUUGUGCACUAGUAAACAGAUACUAAUGUGAAUAUAAAGUGAAUGACCAUGUACACGAUUAAAAUAUUGAGUUCUCAGAAACAUACUAACAAAUUUUCUGGUUCUUGAAAGUAAAACAUUGAGGUUCCUGCACUUUUGAAAAUAAAAAAAUCUCGAAGCAUUCAUUAUAAUGACUCAGUAGAAUGUUAUUGGCUGAGAACUUUUAGGCAUUUGGCUCUUAGGUAAACUUAGAACAUUUGGCUCUUAGAUAUGGUGGCCAGUGAACUUUUUCUCCUUUAAAACUUUGAAAGAACCUUGAAUUGCAGUCAGAAUUGUGAAAUUUUAUUACGCUUCCUGUUGAAUAGGGCAAAUUGUGCUCAUGAAUAUGGUAAAAGUACGGUCUUUAUUAAAACUUCUGAAUCUAUUUGAAUUUUUAUUGAUAUGAAAAUUACUGAUAAAUUUUGUUUAAAAAUUUGUUGAAAGUCAUAUUUUCAAAAACAAUCAAAAUUGCUAGUGGCAUUGAGUUUCCAAUUUACAAGUCCUGAACAUUUGCACUUCAUCUCUAUAACAUUAUUCAUUAUGAUCAUAAAAAACGAGAAUUGUUCCAGAAAACGCUAGUAGUUGGAGAAAAAAAAACUUGGAAUUUAAGAAAAAAAAUUUUGAUAUUUUCAAGAGUAACUUGUGCACUGAAGCUGUUGAAGCAUCUGCCACUAUUGAAAACAAGAAUAAAAGAUUCCACAAACUCAUAAAAGCCACUAUAAUUUUAAAUAAAUGCUACAUAAACUAAUUUAUGUUGUUGAAAGUAGCUAUGUGAAAUAACUUUGUCAAAGUCUCCCAUCAUUCCAAAUAAACAAAAUAUACACCCAGUUUCAUUUCCUAUGUUGAAUGGAAAUUCAUUACAAGUAUAAUGAAAAGUGCCAGCCUGAAAGAAGUAUUAACAUGUGCAAUUCAUGUCAAUGUUUUGACAUUUUAAAAUUCUUUGUGUGAAAAUUUAAUUUUGAAAUUAAGAUUAUCACAUUGCAUCUACACCAACUUGUUUUUACUAAAUGGGCUCUUUCAAGGAUGGUAACAUUUUCCUGAAACUUCUGGUUCUGCUUUGGCUUUGCUUUGCUUUUAAUUUUUUGAAUUUAUUCUUUUCAAUUGUGGCAAUACUGGUAUUAACAGUAUUUAAACAGUACAUAAUAUUCUUUUAAACAGAAGACUUCUUAUUGAAAGUGAAUAAAGUUUUUGUGAUCAGGGCUGUGGGAAUUGUGAUUAGAAAUGAUUCUGAAACCGAUUUUAAAAGAAAUGCUAGAAAUUCACCAAUCACUAGGCAAUUAUGUUAUUUAAGUAGAAAUCACUAAUAAAGCUACCAUUUAGCAUAGCUAAAAAACUACUCUAAAUGGCUACACCUAUUGCAUCAGUGGCGAUAUGUUGCUGCAGUUUUCUCCUAUGCUAAUGAUACAUAUAUUCCGUGUUAUUUCUAACAAAUACAUAAAAAUGUUUUUUUCAUAAAAUUUUAAAUAGUGAAAGAACAAAUGUCUCAACAAAUGUUCAAAUUAUGUCAAUAAUUAAAAUAAUCCUAUGACAAAAACAAAGGUGUGAUUGACAAAACAUUUAAUUCAAGCUCUUUUAUUUAAUAGCUUAAAGAUGUGUAAUUCUGGUAGGUCCUUUCCUGAAACAAAGAAUGUCCAAACCCAUUAUACAAAUACACUAUUAGAUCAAUUCAGUAGAGUAUUAACAUCUUUUUGAUUGUAUCACUUCAAGAGUAAUUCAGUCUAUAAGGGAAUAGUUAUUCAGAGGCAAUUAAUAGGUAAAUAGAAACAAAAGUGGUUUAGAUGGAAAGAAAUAAAAGAUGAAAUGUUUUUGUAGCCAAAUCUUUAUUUUUGAUAAUUGAACAAAGUUUAAACAUUUGUGCUAAGAUUAGACCACUAUAAUAAAUAACAUUUGGUCCCUCUUUAAGAUUUUUCAACAGUUUCAUGAUCAACUUUUUCAAAACUGCAACAAAAAAUUAUCACAGCCAAUCACACUUUUGUAGUCUUAUUUGAAGCAUCCUAAUAAAUAUCAAUAAAAUAUUAUUUACAAUUCUUUCUUGAAAAAAUGUGUUUCCUAAAUUUUUUUGAAAAUUUUUACAAAACUUAUUAGAUUAAAUUUAAGGAAAAAUUCUACUUUGUUUUUCUUGUGUUGCAUGAUUUAAAUUCUUUCAUUUAUGACAGGAAUUUUAAAAACUACAAUGCACAUAAAAAAAUCCUUUUAUUAAAAUUAUAUUUCACGAGUUGGCAUGCAAAUAAGUACCGUAACUCAAUUAUAUUAUUUUAAUACUUAUGCCAUAUAUGUCCUUUACUACAUUCACUGGUUAAUAAUUUAUGGUAGAAAAUAAAUAAAAAUCAUCUCACUCUGAAUUCAAUAUAAGAAGGAGAUAAUAGCAUAAAUGGCAUGAAAUAGCAAUACAAUAAAGUGCCUUGAUUUUAUGAAAAGUGCAAAAGCAACACAGAUUUGUAAGACUUAUCUACCUAUAUAUUACCUGCACACCAAGAGUCCUUAAAGACCCUCAAAAAUACUGAUCCACGCAAUUACCAUGAAAACAACUGACAAACAUCAAUACAAAAACAUUUCUGUCAAAAUACAUUGUACAAAGUAUACACUUGUUAGUUUCUCUCCACCUGACAUUUGUUGUAGUGAAUGUCCAUACUGACCAGGUUAAACACAACAGAUAUUACACAAGUCAUAAAGAGACACUCAAGUGAAGAAAAACAAUGUUGAUAGUACUGAAAAUAUUGCAUUGACUCCGAGUAAGUUUUAAAGUAGUAUAAAGACCUCUAAAAUUUAAAAUUCUGGAGAUUGAAGCUAAUAACUUAUUUGGAAUCAGCAAUUAUCUUACUCCAAACAGAAGCCAUAAGUGUGAUAAUAUUGAUGACUAAUUAUGGAUUGUACAUACUUAUUGAAGUUGAAUAUAAACAUUAUUUUGCUUCUAAGAAAUUAUUUUUUAAAAUUUCCAUCAUAUUAUUCUUCUGCAUUUAAACAUUUAUUCAAAUACAUGGCAAAUCUAGAGAAACUUACAGAAAAAAAAUGUCAACUGAAUUAAUUGGAAGAAACCAACUUUUGAAAGCCAUGAUCAAGAAGUAACACUUGGACAUGUACCUCCUACAAAAAUCAUUGGAAAUAUGAAAUGUGUGCCUGAUAUUAGAAGACUGAAAAUCAUUUUCCAAAAAGUCUUGUUCAGAGAAAAUUGAAAGUUCUCUUUGAACUAUAAUAAAUAAAAAUCCAAAGAAAAUUUAAGCCUGGAAUGAGGGAAAUGCUGUAGUAGUGAACUGAAAUCAGUCUCACACCAUAUUCUUCUCAAAAUAUAAUGUGAAACAGGUAAGUAUAGAACUGUUAUAUUCCUGCUAAGUCAGUGAAAUGGGUAGUUCUAUUGCUUCUAGGAGCACAUGAGUUCAAUAAUGUUAUGAAUACAUUUUUAUAACAUGUGAAAUGAUUAAAUACUCAACAAUUUAUUAAUGUAAUUAAAUUUGUUCAAAGAAUUUUUCAACAUAAAGAAUUUGUUCAACAAAUUUAAUUAUUAAGAAUGCAUUGUUACUCAGUAACAUGGUCACAAUGUGGAUUUCUUUACGACAGGAAUAUAUUCUCCGAGCAUAAUUGCGUCCAUUAAGGUGACUGGAAUGGUGACAAUUAUUUAUUAAUGUAUUCAAGAAACAGUAUGCUAUUAAUACAACAAUCAAGAUUACAACUCUGCUGUAUCUCACACAUUCAUGGCCCACUAUUUAAUAUGCUAUCAUUUCCAUGUCAGAAUAAUGAUUCAGGCGAGGACAUGUACUCAGUAGAGUUUGUAUCAUCUCAUUACAUGCUCAUAAUGCUAGUAAUAGAUGUUUAUAGUAGUAAUGGGUGUUUCUUUCUCUUCUAAUAAAAAUAACAAUUAUAGGACUUUUGAUAUUGAUACAUUGGUCCUAUACUCCAGGAGGUGAAUUACCUUCAUUAAAAUAACAUAUUAUUAUGAAAUUGUUUAGAUGUUUUAGAAGCAGAAAAAAACAAAAACAAAGAAAAAUUGUUAUUCAGUUUACUAAACAAUGUAGGCAAAUAUUUGUAAAAAUAACAAAGCAAUCAGGUCAGUGAUUUGGUUUCCAUGUUUUAAUGAUAUUUUAUUGUUAUGCUGUUAUAUAGCAUGUAAGGAAAGUCUUUCCACAGUGGCACCUUGCUCUGAGAGUGCUUGUAAUAGAAAUCAUGUUGGUAGCGUUUGCUACAGCUUGCAAAUGUAAGUGGCAUUUUCACCACAAUCAUGAUAGAUGCUGGAAGUUUGUUCCCUUAACUUGUUUCCCAGUAAUCUGGUUGCUACCAACAUACAUGCAAUUUUUAAAAGGAGGCCCUGAUUCAGCUCGGAGGGGAGAGACUUUCCUGGCUCACUGUAAAACAAACACAUCUUGACAAUAUUUUCCAAGAAAAUUACUUAAAUUUUAGAUUUGCUUUGGAUUGAAGAAAAUGCACACCUCGAUGUUACAUCGCAAAUUUCGAUAAAUUGGUGUAAUGAACUAUUCUAUAAAAGAUGUGGACAACUAGAAAUCCACAACUAUAAACUAUAAUUGAAGAGCUUGACUCUGGAUUCUUUGCCACAUUCUCAAAAAAAAUAAAAGAUAAUACUACUAACAUACUCAACAUACAGAUUUCUACAUAUUGUACAAGUAUUAUGGUGCUAAAAACAAAACAAACAUCUUCAAACAAAAUAAAUAUGCAGGCACAAUAUUAAUUACAUGUAGAUCUAAUAUUAUUAUUAUGAAACUUGUAGUUAAGAUACAACUUUCUUAAUUAAUUGUUCUGAAAAAUAUAAUAUGCGGCAUGCAGAUAUUACUUUAUUCAAUGCCAUUUGUUUUCUUUCAGUUACGAGAAUUGCACGUUUCCCAAUUAUAUUCACAUUAUAUUUCACUAAGACAAAAUAAAUGCAACUUAGUUAAAUGCUUUAUCAUUUUUUAUUUCCCUUAUACUGAUGCAGUAGGUGCCAUCUUAUGUUUAGUGCAGUAAAACCAGAUGAAAUGAUCAGGCCUAUUAAGAUCCACAUUUUUAUGGAAGAAUACAACAUGACAUAUAUGGAAGACAAACAUUAGUCUACAAGGUAAUGAAAAUAUUGAAUAGUAGUAGAAGAGAGAAUGUACAAAUUAAUGCAACUGAAAAAGAAAAAUGGGUGAAACGUUAUAAACACUUUUAGUACAACAAAAUAUGUGAAAUAAUAAAAACAUGUACAACUACAAAUGCAGAUGACAUAAUGAUAGAUGAACUACAAGAAGCACAUGAAAAAUGCAAAAAUAGAAAAGCCCCUGUAUGAUGGCAUUAAUACAGAACUACUAAAAUAUUCUGGAAUUCUAUUUUGUCUUCAUGAUUUUUUUCUUUAAUAUAUUCUGGAGAAA